GAAAGAUCUUCGGGACUGGAGCGAUUCCGCUCGAAGUCAUCGCCACGAGGCAUAUGAAACCCGACCACUACAAAAUAAGAUCUGUACUUAAAACCGUCACUGGAACCCCAUCAUCGUCUAUCCUUUCCGUUGAAACAAACUCAAGACCGACUGCGCAGCUUAUCCUUGUGUUUCGGAAUAACAAAGUUGUUCUCCUGCGUUCAGCUUAACCUUGACCGUCACCCCCUGAAUCAGCAACCAUGAUACUCUUAGAACACAGCUUCUCCACACUAUGGGCCCUGACGGUCCGGACGUACAACCCUCGCCAACUCGAGUUCUGGGGCACACUAGCCGUCCAGGUUCUCUUCUUUUGGGUCCCGGCCAUCGCCUACACAGCGCUGGACUACAUCCUCCCUUCCUUCUCAGCCCGGCACAAGAUCCAACCGGCGCCCAAGCAACCCACCACGGCCGAGAUCAAGCACUGCUUCCUGGUCGUCUUCCGCAACCAGCUCCAAUCCGUCAUCCUCUCCCUCCUCAUGAUGGCCGUCUCCAUCGCGCGCAACGAGCCCUCCCGCUUCCAGAUCACGGCGACCCUGCCCUCCGGGCCGGAGCUCGCGCGCGACCUGUUCAUCUGCUGGGUGAUGCGGGAGGUCAUGUUCUACUACGCGCACCGGCUGCUGCACACGCGCCGCCUGUACAAGGUCAUCCACAAGGUGCACCACGAGUUCACGGCCCCCGUGGCGCUGACGGCUCAGUACGCCCACCCCAUCGAGCAGCUGGUUGCCAACACAUUGCCCAUCGCCCUGCCGCCGGUGCUGCUAGGCACCCACAUUCUGACCAUGUGGGCUUUCCUGGCUGCCAUGCUCGUCGAGACGGCUACGGUGCAUAGCGGGUAUGACUUCUUGAUGGGCAUUGCCAAGGCCCAUGACGUGCACCAUGAGAAGUUCAGUGUGCAUUAUGGGGCGUAUGGGUGGAUGGACUGGCUACAUGGAACGGAUGGGAGCAAGAGGAAGAAGGUUGAGUAGAAGGGGGCCUGGAGCGGGUUGUUAUUGGGAGGGAACGUCGAGCAAAACGGGUAAGUUUUUGGGAUACUAGGAUAGGAUAAGUGAGAUACGAGAGUG